AUGAGUGCUUCCCGCAGGGAACAUAAUGUGUUUUCGACGCCUGUUAAAAAAGUGUCUGGGGACCAGUUAAAGAGUGUACGAGAGAGGAUAGGACGUGAAUCACCAUACUUGUACCGCAAUAAGCAGCUCCCAGAGCAUGAAGGGAACAACAGUAUUACUCAUAGCCCAGCAAAAGUCGAUGUGGGAUCGAAUACUCCUGUGAUAGACCGGCACAUGCCGAAAGUGAAUAACGAGCUUCUACACAACGCAGUGUCCGGCGAGGCCCCAACUGGCGGGGUUACAUACGAAAAUCCAGUUCUUGCUCAAUAUUCUCGCCGUAUAGUCAAUAAAGAGCUGGAGACGCGAAGAAUCAUCUCGAACUUUUUGGCCCUCCUGCUGUGGAACUUGGGGGUCAAGUUUUUGUCCCUCUUUCUAUACCAUACCACACAUGGAGCAAAUCUUCAACAAAAACUGGGCAAGUGGGUACAGGAGUCGGUCAUUUUCCGCUUCCAUCCGCAUGCAGACCUAGAAGCCUCAUGGGCUCGCAAUGCAACGCUUGCGAAUAUUUCCCACGUCUGCCAUUUACUCAUCUUCUACAACGUUACGGUCUCAAUUUGGCGGCUGCUUGUCAAGUCGCAGAAUGUCAAGGUUGACGAUCUGCAUCUCAAUCACCGCCAGAGACAACUUUUAGGCGUCAGUGACACGCCUGUUACCAAGGAGUUACUGCCACAUGUAAGGCUGGCAUCUGGCGGACCCACGCUUGAAACAAAGUCAACAGCAGUCCCUAAAAUAGAUUCUCGGGAAAUCAAUGGUUUGUCGGCAUCAUCAGCAUUUCUAUUCAAGUCCCUACAAACACCACAGAAAGCGCGCGAGCAGCAAGUCACUGCACCUAUGGAUGUGAGAAGUGAUUUCGUCAAAAAAGUGAAUGCCUUUGGAGAUCUUAGAACAUCUUUUCUUAAAAAGAAGAGCUUGACGCCAACCCACAACACAUCAAUUACUCCAUUAACUCCAGUAAGUCGUAAUGGAUAUAUACCCAGCAGCAAGUAUACAUACAUGCAUGACACUCCAAGCCCCAGAAAGAGAAUUUGA